AAUAGGCACAAAAUAAAUAAAUAAAUUAAAUGCUAUAAUAAUUUGAUAAUGUGCUAAAUUUACUAGUCCAUUAAAAAAAUAAAAAAUUGGCAUAGUUUUAUAAAUCCGUAAAUGCAAGGGUGAAAGGAUAAAUUGUAUGAUACGCGCUUUGCCAACUGGCUUGAUAGUGAGAGAUGAAUGGUCUUCGGAUCCACUGUUCAGAGAUGUACACACGUACUGUACUAAAAUCCAUUCGUAAGCUUCCACGUGGCUAUGAGUAGGUCAGCAGAUGAAAUGAUGUCGCAAAGCAAGCGCGUGGUACGCUGAACUGUGUCCGGUAAACAAGCCAUCGAUUUGAAUCCCCUCUCGAUUGAUUCCCUCGUAAACAGGCAACGCAACGCAGCGGCAGAAAAAGUUAAAAACGUUAUUUAAAAAUAAGUAGAUUUUGAUUAUUAUUUAUAUAAAAUGGUGUGGAAGUGGGUUUUUUUGAGGAUUUUGAAUUUGUUAAAAUACUUUUAGAAAAUCACGAAAUUUGUGUCGUCAUGUAGAUGAGGCAGUUCUUCAAGCCCCACCACAGCGCCGCCCGCCUCAAGGCCGCCGCAGACUCCGGCUCCCUCUCCUACGGCCUCCAGCUCCACGCCCAUCUCAUCAAGUACGGACUCGACUCCCACCGAUUAGUCGGCGACAGCCUCCUCUCCCUCUACUUCAAGCUCUGCCCCGACGUUUCCGCCACCCGCCGCGUGUUCGACGGUUUGCCCGUGAAAGACGUUGUCUCCUGGACCUCGAUGGUCUCCGGUUACUCCCGCACCGGUCGUCCCCUAGAUUCCCUUCGGAUGUUCGUCAAAAUGUCAACUUUCGGCGGCGUCGAGCCUAACGAUUUCACCCUUUCCGCCGCAGUCAAGGCAAGUUCCGACCUUGAGGACGUCAGGCUCGGUAGGUGCCUCCACGCCAUGGUCUUUCCCCGCGGGUUCGAGACGAACCAUGUGAUCGCGAGCGCUCUUGUUUACAUGUAUGGCAGGAGCUAUGCAAUCGAAGACGCACGACGGGUGUUCGACGAAUUGCUCGAGCCAGACUCCGUGUGUUGGACCUCGAUCGUCUCGGUGUUGACAUGGAAUGAUGAGUUCGCCGAAGCUUUGAGAUUCUUCCGCUUAAUGACGAGUAACUCACUCAGAGUUCUUCCAGAUGAAUUCACUUUCGGCACAAUCAUGAAGGCGUUGGGCAAUUUAGGUCGACAGAAACAGGGCAAGGAAGUCCACGCCAAGAUUUUGACAAACGGUCUCAGGGGCAACGUGGUGGUCGAGAGCAGCACACUCGACAUGUAUGCGAAAUGCGGGCUAAUGGGUGACGCACGCAAGGUGUUCGAUCAAAUGCCGAAGAGAAACGCAGUGUCCUGGUGCGCCUUGCUUGGAGGGUACUGCGAAGCCAAGAACUACGAAGCUGUUCUCAGUCUCUUCCGGGCGAUGGAUAAGGAAGACGACGAGCAGUACAGCUAUGGCACAAUACUUCGUGCUUGUGCUGGCCUUGCAGCUGUGAGACACGGUAAGGAGGUUCACUGCAGGUAUCUAAGGAUCAGCCGUUGCAGAUAUGUCAUUGUGGAAUCUGCAUUGAUUGAUCUUUAUGCAAAAUGCGGCCUUGUGGACUAUGCCUACCGUCUUUUUGCUAAGAUCUCAGCCAGAAACUUGAUCACAUGGAACACGAUGAUCUCUGGCUUUGCGCAAAAUGGAAGAGGCAGUCAUGCCAUCGAGCUGUUCGAAGAAAUGUUGAAGCAAGGGAUGCGGCCAGAUUAUAUCAGUUUUGUUGGUUUACUCUUUGCUUGCAGCCACUCAGGUUUGGUGGAUGAAGGCAGGAGGCACUUCAGAUCAAUGAGCCAAGACUACAACAUUGUGCCAGGGACCGAGCAUUACACUUGCAUGGUUGAUCUCUUGAGCCGAGUUGGGCUACUCGAAGAAGCCGAAGAGUUGAUAAAUGACUCGAAGUGCAGAGGUGAGUCGUCCUUACGGGCGACGCUUCUAGGUGCCUGUGCUACCCACGCGAGAGUUGACGUGGCAGAGCGCGUGGCAAGGAGGAUGAUGAAAUUGGAGCCGGAGCAGCAUCUGAGCUAUGUUCUUCUUGGCAAUGUGUACAAGACGGUUGGUCGAUGGAAUGAGGCUUUGCAGAUAAGGAAGAUGAUGAGAAAAAGGGGUGUGAGAAAAGCUCCUGGUAGAAGCUGGAUUGAGGCCAACCCUAUAACUUGCAGGGAUACUGAAGAAUCUGAAGACCAAAUUCCACAUGCUGUAAAUAUUUCAUAGCGACAUGAGUUUUGUUGAUUCUUGUGGAGUUAUGUUGGGAAAAGUGUGAUUUCGCACUGAAGGAGUUCAAUUUUCUUUUUCAGAUUGUUUGAUAUGUAAAUGGUGCGGCAGAAUAUAUAUGGAACACUGUUUCUUCAAAAUGCCUUAAUCAAACUGCCUUGCCUUUGGUGAUGUUGCAAGCUAAAAUUAAUCAUCUGUAAAGACAUGCAAAUUCUCUUAU